UACCGUGCUAGAGUCCGCGGGCUGCUGCAAUUGCUGCCAGCGAGCGGGUGCAGAGAUCCGUCGUCUCGGCGCCUUCAGCGCCGGCGACGGGCGACACCCUCCCCCUUCGGCCGUACCCCCAACCCAAAGCACCCUGAACUACCCCGAGCGCACCGAGUCUUACUGAGCUGUGCUCAUCUCUCCAUCAACAAAGACCUGUCGAAGCGCGAGGCCCGGCGCGGGGGAGGGAGUUGAGCGACGUGAAGAGGGGGCAGAUGGCUGGGUAGGCCCUGGCGGCUGCCGCAGAGGAGGCUGUGGCCGGGGUAAACCGCGGAUCCGCGGCAACCCUCCUGUGAAGUCCUUCGGUGAUUGCUAAAACUAGCAUGUCGCAGGAGCGGACAUUGGAGGAAGUUGUUUCUCCAUUUUUAAUGCAAUUGGAAAAGGCAAGAGCUGUUCCUUUUGUUCCAGAUGAGGAUAGUUCAUAUUCGGAUAUUACAUUUCUGUUUGAAAAUAUCAAGAAAGAAGCCUGUGAGGUCAAGAAUAUACUACAGAGAGUAUCUACAUGGGAAAAUGAGAUUAUAAAUGACUUUGGAGGAAUAGCUCGUCAUUUGGAUGAAAUCAUAGAAGAAGACAGCCAGCUCAAUUCAAUACGUUCCAAGCUCCAAAUUGUCAACACUGAAUUGUCCAAGUUAAAAGAUCGUAUGCAAAUUCCUCUCCAUGUUCCUGUGAUUGAGGCAGCAGCUCCCACAACCUUGCCAUCAGUACCAUCUAAAUGGGUUCAUGCAAAAGUUUCGGAGCAGUGGAAAAGGCUUGAGAUUGAGAGGAAAAUCCUUGAGAGCUCAACCAUGUCUAAUUUGCAGCUUAGCUAUGAUAAUCUUGAUCUACAGCUGAAGCUGUGCUUGUUAUGCUUCUCUAUCUUCCCAGAAAAUUCCAUCAUCAGCAAGAGGGCCAUGAUCCAUUGGUGGAUUGGUGAGGGUUUAGUAGCAGCCACAAGAAAUCAGACAGCCGAAGAUGUCGGGAAGGAGUGCUUUGAGAAGCUGAUUGCUCGAGAGAUGAUUGAACCAGUGUAUCAGAAACGUAGAUAUGGUGUCAACCAAUGCAAGAUGCACCCUUGGAUCCGGCGUAUGUUGAUUACUGUUGCAAGGCAGGCACGGUUUUUUGAAUUUGAUUCAAAUGGCAAUGCAACAUGGGACUUUUCAGCUACUUACCGUGCCUGUCUAGUUGAAGAGCACCAACUGGAAAUAGACGUGGCAUCACUCAGAAACAUUCUAACAAUAUUUAAUGUGAGUGAGCGAUACCUCCAAUUUGAGAAGAGCUGGUUCUUGGAUUUGAGGAAGAUUUCAGUUCUCCAACUAGGAAGAUGGCACAACCUUUACCGACACCAUAUUGAAGUCGACAGUACCGAAUUUUUGGAAGGACUACAGUCAUCCAAUCAAUUGAAAUAUCUUUGUCUGAGGGGCAUCUCUAGAAUCAUUGAACUUCCUGCUUCCAUUGGCAGACUCUCAAAUCUCAGGAUCUUGGAUCUUCAUGCUUGUCAUAACCUUGAGAGGCUGACUGAGAGCAUCACGUCUCUUCAGAUGCUCACUCACCUUGAUGUGUCAGAGUGUUACUUGCUGGAAGGCAUGCCAAGGGGUAUUAGCUUGCUUACAGAACUCCAAGUCCUGAAAGGGUUUGUCAUUGGUGGUUCCGCUGGCAAUUACAAUUGUCGAGUAGCAGAGUUGGCCAGGCUCGACAAACUGAAGAAGCUGAGCAUAUAUAUUGGAAGCAAAGUUACAGUGACAGAAGACGAAUUGAAUGAGCUUCAGAAUAUCAAAGGCCUUUGCAUCCUCAAAAUUACAUGGGCUGUAUCACUUUCAAAGAAGGAACGAGUCCAUCAAACUUCUGAUUCAACAUCACUGCUAGCUUCACUCUCACUACCUCUAAAUCUCGAGAAGCUAGACCUGUGCUGCUUCCCUGGGGAGAAGAUACCAGAUUGGUUAAGUCCGAGUAAGCUGUUGAAACUGAAGAGACUCUACUUCACUGGAGGAAUGCUAAAUACUUUUGGCGACAAAAACACGUCAGAGGUGUGGAACAUUGAGGUAUUGCGCCUGAAAUUCUUGAAUGAUUUAUCAGUGCAAUGGACCCAGGUGCAUGACAUGUUUCCAAAACUGACCUUUCUGGAGGUCUUUAGAUGUAUGAAGCUAAAAUCUUUCCCUUAUGACAAGGAUGGGGUAUGGAUGAACAAUGACACCCAACAAGUCAACAAGUAGGAGAGGGGAUUGAAUCAAUUGAGCUUUUAUUAUUACUCUUGCAGUCAUACAGUAUCACUAUAUGUGCAUCUCAUUAUCAGUAACAGUUUUCCAUGAGAAAGAAUGUGGACCAAGCAAUAAUCCCAGUAAUAUUACAGUGUAUCUAAGCACAUUGGCGGAGCAUAUUGACAAAUUUGAGCAGUUCUUACUGUGCA